CAGCAGUGAUCCUACCAAGUUAAUCUUUAUUCCGCUGUGCUCGUGUGUGCAUGGCUUAUGUAUGCAUACCUUAACUGUCCUGAGAAGAUGGAGUGCAGAUCACUUGGAACGUGGCAGUGGAAAACGCAGAUAUUCGAGCUAUUUAAACAUGAAAGACUUCGGGAAACGGAAAUUUAUCAGUUUGAGCUCAGAAAAGCAACGUGUUCAAUCGGCGAAGGACACCCAAAACAACAUGCGGUCUCAGACUAAAUGGGUACAUACACCUGAAUCCCUCUUGCAGGGGCAUAUAGCAUAUAAUGUCAAGUUCUUGGGUGAGAGUGAAGUGGAUCAACCAAAGGGCAUUGAAAUUGUGAAGGAUGUCAUCAGAAAGAUGAAGUUCAACAAACACAUUAAGAAGGCAGAAGGUCAGAAACCCCCCAAAGUAGAACUUACAAUAUCAGUCGAUGGAGUUACUAUCCUGGACCCCAAAACAAAGAUCAUCUUACACCAGAAUCCUCUACAUCGUAUAUCCUACUGCGCUGAUGAUAAAUCAGAUAAACGAAUGUUCACAUUCAUUGCCAAAGCCGCUGAUUCUAAUAAACAUUUUUGCUAUGUAUUUGACAGUGAAAAAUGUGCUAAAGAAAUAACCAUGACUGUUGGUCAGGCGUUUGAUUUAGCAUAUCGAAGAUUUGUGGAAACAACCGGGAAAGAUAUCGAUGUUCGUAAACAGUUCCUUCUUUUACAGAAAAAGGUAUGGAUAUUUUUGUUUUCAUUCAGCCGUCUGAAAUCCUCCAACUCACAGAUUUUAAACCUUGGCAUAGUGGAAACUGUUUCCAGUCCCACAGCUGUUACUUCAAACACUGGUGAUAUGAUGUCUCUGACCUCACGCUGCAAUUCUCUUCCGUAUAAUAAAGUUCCUACCUCACCAACAGAUAUUUUUUCACCAUCCUCACCAACAGAUAUUUUGUCACCAUCCUCACCAACAGAUAUUUUUUCACCAUUCCCAGUUUCAUACACAGCACGAAAGGAGGCUGGAUUGCAGGCAAACAGCAAGAAACAAACAAGCAAUGGUGAUUUCCUAAAUGACCCUUCACACAGAAGCAAUUCUCCUCCAAAACCUCUGUUACAACCUCCUCCUCCUGGAAAGGCUCGAUCCGCAUCAACUCCAAAUCCCAGACAAGUCACAUCAACACCACCAGUUGUUGUGAACCCUUUAAUUGCGGACAGUGGUGCCAGUUCUAACUCUGAUCCAUUUGGUAUGGGAGACUUUAACCCUUUUUCCACCCUGAAUACAAAAUCCAACCAAGACAUUGAUAUGGCCAUCAAUAAUGCUGACAAAGAAUUGCUUGACCUUCAGACUGGAUUCAGUCGAGGCUUGUGUUUUGGUGCCGAAGAUUUCUCUCUUGACGAUCUGGACCCUCUCAAUCAAAAGUCUUAAUGAAGUACUCUAAAAUACAUAUUCAAUGAAAAAAAAAAAAAAAAUGACGAAAUAAAAAUAAAAAAAAAAACAAGAAACAAAACUAAGAAACGAAAUAAAACCACACACACAAACCCUGUAACAUUUUUUUAUAAAAAGAAGAAAAAAGCCAUGUCUCCUUUUCCGUUUAUACUUUAUUUCCUCUGAACUUCUUCAAUUUUCUAGACAUGACAAGGUAUAUUUCCUCUCAUGAUGCAUUCAACUGACGUAUAUAUAUGUAUGUCUUACAUGUAUAUUAAUUAUGCCACCCAGAGAAAUCUGUUUAGUCUGUAUUGCUUAUUAAUCAAAACUAUAUCUUGUUGUUAAGCAUGUUUCAUUACAUGAUGAUAAAUCUUUUUCCAAGCAUAACAUCUUUUAAUUCUAGCUAUUUUAUGUUGUUAAUUCAAUUAAAUUUAGAUACUAUAUUUUAUUGGGAAGAAAACCAAAACAUUAUAAAUGGCCAAAAUUGCACUAAAGGUUUUUACGUUCUAGUCCAAAAUUCUAGCUAUGAUAAGGUAUUUUAAUCUUUAAUCUGCAUAACUCUUUAGGGUUUAAAGCCACCAAUUGCGUGCCUUUGUUGUAAAAUAUAUUGCUUUAACAAUCACAAGUAGAAGUGAAAAACAUUCCAUAGAUAAUAGAUACCUGUAAGAGGCUUAGAGCUGGUUGUCUCAACACUUGAGGCUAGCUACACAUUAGAAAGGUGCCGUGUCCAAUAUUGGUUCUUACCACAUGCUGGUGGUUGGUUUCUUAAGAGAUGUUAAAGUGCUGCAGCUUUAAGAUUCUUGUGCCAAAGCAAACAUACUGAUUCCAUAUACCAAAGAGAGGGUAAUAUACACAAAUAUAUAUAGGCAUAUAGAUUUUGUUCUCUUUUAAUCCACCAUAUAUUCUUGUUCAGUGGCUUGAUGUAGAAAUUUCCAAUAUUGUGAUCUGUUAUCUUGUGAUGUAUUUUUUUCUGGGAGCUAUUUUUGGCGCUGGGUCUUUUUCAUCAGUUUUGAAAAUAUUUGGGAAACAGGACAUGAAUGUGAGUAUAAGAUAUAAACGGUUGGUAGUAAAGACUUCUUAAAUGAAGAUUUUGUCUUAGAGGUUGCCAUAGAACUAUUUUAUUUCUAAAUAUAUGUAUCUGUCUUAAGCAUUGAAGAAUAAAUUCUUUUGUUACCAUAGUUCUGUUGAAUCAUAUUGCCUAUGUUUCAAUUAGAUUUUUAAAAUGAAAAAUUUAGUAACGUAAAUUAACAUUAAAUUUUAAAGGAGGGUUUUAAUUUAGAUCACUUUAAAACAGGGAGUUUGUAUCAUAGAACAGGGAGCAAUUUUAAAAUGGUUAGUAUCGGAAUGGUUAAGAGAAUUAAUUAUGACAGUAGAACAGCAUUGUUAGUGUAGUUCUGCUCUCAGACAUGACUACAAAGUUGCAUAGAUUUCUAGAGAAAACAGUACGAAAAAAGAGUGUAGACUGGUAAGUUUGAUUAGAUUUGAUGUCAACCACUGAGCUUACGUUAUAUAAUAGAGGUAUCAAUGUUAUAUGACAGAGAAUUUGAAAAAUAAUUUAGAUAAUUGAGAAUUUGGUGUAAGAUUGUUAAGAGUUCAUUAAUUAUUGUUAUGCCUUCAUUGAUAAGUGUCAGACUGAGCGAGCUUUUGCCCUUUUGCUCGACGUGUGGUUUCCGUCCACGCUGAGCUACUACUGAAUAAUUUUGGUGAAGCUUGUAGUUACAAUAUAAAUAGUCUGACUAUGGAUAAAACUAUUGUGUUCAACUAAUCACUUCUAAUUAGGCAAUUAAUAUUUUAUUGUGACAGAUUUUGGCAAAGGCCUUGAUACAUUAUGAUUGUAGUAUUAGAGAAAAUUAAUUAGGAAGAUUAUUUUAAGCAAGAAAUUUAACAUCAAGAUAUGUUAGCAUGCUUUAUAUUGCAGACAGAGUAGGGAACAAAUGUUUUAAAUCACAAAACAUCUCUCUUUUUUUUAACAUGGAAAAGUAUAAUUUUUUUAGGAGAUUGGCUAAAGGAGAAUGUAUAGUAUUAUAGUACGAAACAGUUAGGUUUCGUUCUAUAACAAUUUAUCAACAUUAUCUGUGUAAAAAUUUCAGACUCCAGUAUGAAACAAUGAAAAAUCUUAUUUUGACUGUUCCAAAAAAUUCCUCUAAUAUUUUGUGAAUUUACCAUAUUCAAAAAAAUAAAAAUUUUCUAUAAGAAUUUUCAUAAAGAAAAUACACAUAGAAUCUUUCUCUCAAAUCUCUGAUUACAUGGUGUUCUUGAGCGUCAUUAUCAAGUUAGGGUAUCAGAAUCAUAACUUUUAUUAAACGUGAUUAACUAUUGAAAAAGUUUUGUCACAAGUUCAAGAGAUUUUCAGGAAAGUCAUUCAGGUGAGAACACCUAUCCUAAACAGCUAAAAGUUUUUUUUUUUAAUUCAUAUUUUUCUUUUAAAUACUGUUUCUUACCCACCCUUCCUUUUUUUUUUUUUUUUUUUUUUUUUUUUUUUUUUUUUUUUAGUGCUCAUACAGUUUAAAUUUCUACCAAAAAAUUUAUUCUAUCUUGAGUUUAACUUGUAAUAUAAGUUUGUUUUUAAAAAAAAACAAAAAAAUGAUAAAUAAAUCUUUGAAAUUCAUUAUGUAUUCAAUGUCAGUCAUAGUGAAAGUACUGUGAUGCAGAACAAAAUAUAAAUAUGAUGGAAUUUUU